AUGCUUCAACACAAAUUGUUCUGUUCUUCCAUCAUGAGCAAAGGAAGAAAAUUCUAUGGCACAAUACCUUCUUUCUCUUUCCGUUGCUUUCAUAAAACCAACAACACAAAUGACAAGAUUGUACACGAAAGAAUGGAGGCUGUUAAUCAAAAUUUUGAUGAAGUGGUUGCUAGAAUGAAACUAUUUGAAGGACAAUAUGAUAGCAAGGUUAACUUUGAUAUUGCAGACCAACAACCAAUCGUUAUGCGUUUUGAUGGCUUUCAUUUUAAAUCUUUUACAACUAAUGGAGACAUUUUCGAAAAGCCUUUUGAUGCUAAUAUUCAUUGGGCUCUUCUUCUUGCAGUGAGAGACUUGUGUCUUAAAAAUUUGAGUAUGAAUCCAACAUUGAUUUACAACUGUUCAGAUGAAUUAACAUUAUUGUUCUCAGGGCAAACAAGUAAUAACGAAAAACAAAAAGUGCCAAAUGGAAUUUACAGAGGUCGUGCUCAAAAAUUAGUUAGCAUUUCAACAAGUUUUCUGACCAUAACUUUUAAUUAUUAUUUGAGGAAACUAUUACGAGCAAAUGCAGAUAGCUUUGAAAGUAGAUUGGAAUAUGACAUGCAUAAUUCUAAUAUUUCAAAGAAAUCUUAUCAAACUGAAGAUUUUGAAAAAAGAAGACUUGUUCGUCAAAAAUUAUUGGAUGGAGAUAUAUUUGGUAAUUUUGAUUGUAGAAUUUAUCAAUUACCAACAAUAUCUCAUGCUAUUGAUUAUAUGAUUUGGAGACAAAUUGACUGUAUUAGAAAUAGUAAGACUACACUAGGAAGUAAAUUUUAUGCACAGAAUGAGAUGAAUUUCUUGUCAGCUAGCAAAAUUGUUGAAAUGGUAGAACAGGAAAAGGUGCAUCUCUUGAACAUGAUUAUUCCGUUGCGGAUAGAUGGCGAUGUUUUAGACAGAGCAAUUCGUUUGGUUUGA